AUGGUCGACAAGGUGGUGCGCACUGUGGCGGCGCUGCUUGGAAACUCAAAGAUUGUGAAGACCGUUGAGUCCACCACGGGUGAUCUGACGGAGCGGUACUUGACGACCGACAGGCCGUUCGGAGGAGAGGGCAAAAGCUGCCUGGUCAACUUUCUCAAGCUCCACAAGGAGGGUGGAGGCAAGCAGGUCCGGGUGCGAGGCGUGGACGGGGAGGGACGCCCAAUCAACCACCUCUACACCAUGCACGAGAGGAAGUUCAAGGGGCACAAGCAGGGAAGCACAUACGCCGAUUGCGUGAAGCUGUGCCACAGAUUCGCCCGGGAUUGCGUAGACAGCCUCAACGACCAUCUGGAUGACCUGGGGAAGCUGGGGCCGACGAAGCUGUUCCGGGCGGAUAAGUGGCCGAAGAUCAAGGCGCAGCAAGAGAAGAAGUGCCGUGAGUGGCUGCAGGGAUGCAGCAAGCUUUUCCGCAACAAGCUUACAGGUUUCGACAUCAAGGCAGCAGAGAGGGAGCUCCUGACAUUCUGUGCGAUCAUGGAGAUACACCACGAGCUGGAGAGCUUUUCGCAGGGGCUGUCCAACUUUCUCGGGAGUGCAGACUCCAAGAGGUCCAUGCGGAGGAGGCGCCCUGCGAAGAGCUUGAAGCUGGCUGUGGCAGAGAGGGAGAGGAAGGGGAAGCAGAAGGAGGGUGAUGACGUGGCUGCCGGAACUGCUGGGGAGAACGAGGAUGAGGGGGAGGGGGAGGAGGAGGAGGAGGAGGAGGAGGAGGAGGAGGAGGAGGAGGAGGAGGAGGAGGAGGAGGAGGAGGAGGAGGAGGAGGAGGAGGAUAAAGUGGAACAGGACCUGGCCGACGAUCAGGAGCUCGUGGGGGAGGAGGAAGAGGAGGACAGCCCCUUCCUGUCAGACAAUGAGGACAUGGAGGAGGUGUACCACACUGACAAGCCCGUGCACUAG